AUGUACACCCAGUCCUUCUUUUCUGUGCUGCUAGCAGCACCUCUCGCCCUGGCGGCUCCUUCGAGCUACCCACACUUCUCCGGCCGUGCGCCAUCAGACAACGUCAAAUGCCCCGUCGUCUUCGACGGUCGCGUCUCUACCAACAUCUCCAAAACGCCGACUUAUUUUGACACUUCCAACGCCCUCUUCAACCCCGACUACGUGAAGGGCAACAACCUCACCUGGUCGCAGAUUCUGAAAUUUCCCAAGGAUGUAUCACGCUUCGAUGGCGCUGACCACACCGCUGUAGAGGUUACCAUCUCGGAUCAGAGCAUCUUUCAGAAGCAAAAUGGUUUCCGCCGGGCCGGCCUACAGUUCACGUCUGACUCGCCUGACGGCCCUGGUGGCAAGGGAAUCAAGACGCUGCACUUCAGCGUCAAGCAAGACCCCACUAGGCCGCUCAACUUGACACAUGAGUAUUUGAACGUCUGGCACGAAGCAGCCGACUACUCAAACAACCAGUUCCAAUUCCAGGCUGGUACUUUGAUCGACAACGCUGCCAGCAAGAAGCAAAACUUCAAAAUCCUUGACCGCGCAGGAAAGCAAAUCUGGACCAUUCCUAUCGACUUCAAGAGGUGGCAGAACUUCGCAAUUAACUUGGAUUAUACCAAGAAUCAAACUACCAUCUACUACUCCGUCGGCGCUUCGAAACUUGCUCGCGUUGCUGGUCCCUCGAGCAUCAAUCUUGUGGGUGGCGGCCAGUUUCAGCUCGGUAUCUUGAAGAAACCAACUGGUACAUCUGAUGUCGCGAAUGCUGGAUAUCAGUCUCCUCAACUCAACGAGGGCCAGAUCUAUGGCGGCGUCUUUCUUGAGGACUCCGCUGAUGGCUGUGUGUCGCUUUGA